GCCCUGUAAUGCUGCUGUGGUUUUGCCUUCCUGACAAUGCCCCAGAGUCCUGUGUCAAGCGAGGAGGAGAGGAGGAGCAUCUCUGGAUACCCUGGGGAAGAAUCAGACUCAGACAGUUCCAGAGAGGACCCUGUCCCUGGAGGGAAAAACAAUCCCACCUCUGCCACCAGCAAUAUCCCUAAGCCUAUUUCAUUAUCUUCAGUAGCUGCAAGAAGAAUAAAAGAAAGAUCCAUGUCGGUUCCGGAUGACUCCAAUUUCAGCAUGAUGGUCUUCCGUAUUGGAAUUCCUGACCUGCACCAAACAAAAUGCCUUCGAUUCAAUCCAGAUGCCACAAUCUGGGUUGCAAAGCAGCAGAUACUGUGCACAUUGAAUGAGAGCCUGAAGGAUGUGCUGAACUAUGGUCUCUUCCAACCAGCGACCAACGGGAGAGAUGCUAAGUUUCUGGAUGAGGAGCGACUCCUUCGGGAAUACCCCCAAUCUUUUGAGAAAGGGGUUCCUUAUUUGGAGUUCCGCUAUAAGACAAGAGUUUACAAACAGACCAACCUCGAUGAGAAGCAGCUGGCCAAGCUCCACACCAAGGCUGGUUUGAAGAAGUUCGUGGAGUAUGUGCAGCAUGGUUCUGCUGAGAAAGUGGCCCGCUUGCUGGACAAAGGCCUAGAUCCCAACUAUCAUGAUUCAGAAACUGGAGAGACCCCAUUGACACUGGCUUCGCAGCUUGAGGGAACUGUGGAUGUCAUUAGGAUGCUGUGCCUGGGAGGUGCCCACAUCGACUUUCGAUCUCGGGAUGGCAUGACGGCUUUGCACAAGUCUGUUUGCGCCCGCAACUACAAUGCCCUAAUGACCCUGUUGGACCUUGGUGGUUCACCAAAUCACAAGGACCGCCGAGGCUUAACUCCACUUUACCAUACGGCUAUGGUUGGAGGUGAUCCCCGGUGCUGUGAAUUGUUGCUCUAUAAUCGAGCUUCUAUUGGUACAGUGGAUGAAAAUGGCUGGCAGGAGAUCCAUCAGGCUUGCCAACAUGGCCACUCACAACAUCUGGAGCAUCUGCUGUUUUAUGGUGCUGAUCCUGCUUCCCAGAAUGCUUCAGGCAACACUGCUCUGCAUAUCUGUGCUCUGUACAACAAGGAAAGCUGCGCUAGAAUUCUGCUGUACCGGGGGGCCAGUAAAGACAUCAAAAACCACAGUGGGCAGACCCCAUUCCAGGUCGCGGUCAUUUCAGGAAAUUUCGAGCUGGGGGAGUUAAUAAAGAGCCACAGAGACAGUGAUGUUGUACCCUUCCAGGAAUCCCCCUCCUAUGCCAUGCAUCGUAGGGAAGGGGGCAAAGCGCUGUCGGUGCCCCACGUCCUCCAUCGAGCAAACAGCGACAACAGCCUCUCACUGCCUGACUGGAUGGUCUUCUCAGCGUCUACUGCCAACACUGUCACUCUACAGGGACAAAAGGCCUCAGGGGGAACUCUCCGCAGCUCCAGUAGCCCACGUGGUGCUCGAAGCCGGUCACCUUCAAGAGGCCGACACACAGAGGAAUCCAAGAAGCAGCCACGUGGACGACCCAGUUCCAGUGGUCCUACCAAAGAGCCCCCUGCAAAUGCAACCACCAAUCAUCGCUCCAAGCGCAAGUUGUACUCGGCGGUGCCAGGGCGCACGUUUGUGGCGGUGAAACCCUACCAGUCGCAAGGAGAAGGAGAGAUAUCCCUCAGCAAAGGAGAAAAGGUCAAAGUUCUAAGUGUGGGAGAAGGAGGAUUCUGGGAAGGAAAUGCCAAGGGUCGCACCGGCUGGUUCCCAUCAGACUGCGUAGAAGAAAUACCCACAAAACCACAGGAAGGAAAACAAGAGAGCCGGAGCGAUAAAGCCAAGCGCUUAUUUAGACACUACACGGUUGGAUCCUAUGACAGCUUUGAUGCCCCCAGUGACUACAUUAUCAAAGAAAAGACUGUGCUGUUGCAGAAGAAAGACAGUGAAGGAUUUGGCUUUGUGCUGAGAGGAGCAAAGGCACAAACCCCCAUUGAAGAGUUCACUCCGACACCGGCGUUUCCGGCCCUGCAGUAUUUGGAAAGUGUGGAUGAAGGAGGCGUGGCCUGGAGGGCGGGUCUUAGAAUGGGGGACUUUUUAAUUGAGGUGAAUGGUCAGAAUGUGGUAAAAGUAGGACAUCGUCAGGUUGUUAACAUGAUUCGGCAAGGAGGAAACAAUCUAAUGGUCAAAGUGGUCAUGGUAACCAGGAACCCUGAAAUGGAAGAUGCCAUGAGAAAGAAAGUGCCGCAGCAAAAGCGAGUUACACCACCUGCAAUUUCCCUUCGGUCAAAAUCCAUGACUUCAGAGCUGGAAGAAAUGGUUUCACCCUGGAAAAAGAAAAAUGAUUAUGAACCACCCCAGAAUACAGAGAAGAAAAGAACGGUGUACCAAAUGGCACUAAAUAAACUGGAUGAAAUCUUGGCUGCAGCCCAGCAGACAAUCAGUGUCAAUGAGAGCUCUAGUCCAGGGACUCUGGCUUCAAUGGGAGCAUCCAGGGCUGCUGGAAAGGGAUUUUUCUCUGCAGAGCCAAACUUUGGGCAGCACAGAGUACCAAGUGCCCAGUCUAUGUAUGAGAGGCCAUCAUUUCUUGCAUCUAACCCCUCACAGGCCAUGAUGCUACGACAAAAGUCCAUUGGAGCCGCUGAAGAAGAUAAGCCGUUCUUGUCUACACCUUCAAUGAAAUUCAACCGCAGUCUCUCUGUUCCCAGUUCUGAAGACAUUCCUCCGCCUCCUACAACUUCUGCCCCCGAUCCUCCAUAUAACACUGCGCCCUCACCUUCACCAAGAGUUAGUCCAGGAAUAAGAUCAAACUUUAAUCAAAGUGGAGAUGUAAGAGAUGUAAGAGAUGUAAGAGAUGUAAGAGAUGUAAGAGAUGUAAGAGAUGUAAAGAUGUACUCCCCAUCUAUGCGUCAGGAUACAAGUAUGUAUGACCAGCAAAUGAUGGAGGCAUCGCAGAAACGAGAAAAAAUGCAGCUUUACCACCAAGACUCUGACCAAGGAAAUGAAGAACAGAUUCGCAUGGGCAUGGCCUCACCAGCAAAUAUGAGAAGCUGGAGGUCUCAGGCACAAGAAAUCCGUUACUUUAAUCUUCCUGCCAGAGCUGCCAGUACAGCAAUGUAUGUUCCACCAAAAGCAAUGCAUCGGAAAGGACAACUAGUGAAACAGGUUAAAGUGGAAAAUGAACAAUUUGAACAGCAGCAGCAACAGUUACAGCAGCAACUGCAACAGCAGCAAUACCAGUCACAUCACCAGCAGCAGCAGCAGCAGGUCACAAAGUCCCAUGAAAAAAGUUCUAUUCCUAUCCCCACCAUUAUUAUUAAAGCUCCCUCAACUAGUAGCAGUGGGCGGAGCAGUCAAGGUAGUAGCAUGGAGGCAGAAAACCAACCAGAGCCAGUCCCAAUCCCAACUCUACCCCCAAGUGAUAAUAUGGAUUUUACUAGUCGCUUUGGAGCAGCAAUUGUUGGUGCAGCACGGCGGGACCGUGAAUGGUUUAAUGAGGCCCGACGAAAGUCAGCUCUCUUUUUGUCCACAGAUGAAGAUACAGAACCCACGCCGGCUCCACGACUAAAGCAUUCCAAAUCUAUUGAUGAGGGUAUGUUUUCUAGUGAACCAUAUAUGCACCUCCCUGCAAAUUUUGGAAUUCCUGUAAACAGAGACAUUACUGGUGGAUACUCUUACCAGCCCAAAACUGGCAAGUCAUAUGGUUCUAGUACAACCAGCGCUUUUAGCACAGUAUGUUCUACUUUUAUACCACAGCUGCAGUCUAGUUCCAGUCCACUAACAAUGUCAAGUGUGAAUCCAGCAGGGGGAGUAGUAACCCCACUAAUCCAUCCCUUAACUGGAAAAAUUUUAGAUCCUAGCUCUCCACUUGGUCUUGCUUUGGCAGCAAGAGAAAGAGCUUUGAAAGAGUCUCAGCAACAUAGCAGAAAUGAAAUAGAAGAAAGGAAGUCUCGUCCGUGCUCACCUAGGUUUGUGGAGCAGCAAAAGUCGUCAAUUGACUCCCAAAGCAGCCCCACACACCGACGUUGGGAUUCUGCAUCUGUUAGAAAAAAGGAGAUUGAUUACAAGUCUUGCAUGAUGAAUACUGGAGGGGAGAGAAAAUCAGAUGAGAGCUCUGGACACCGAUCACCUGCUCUUUUGUUACUGCAAGGUGUUGAACAAGGUAAAGCUUGGGAGAAAAGGGCUGACGGGCAAGAAAAGAUAGAGCUUCAUGUGCGUUUCAUGGAGAACUCCACUCAUAAGGAAGAAGAAGAACAAAGUAAGGUAGCCAUGGUCAAAGUAAAACAUGAGAGACCUCCACCAAGCCCCACAGUUAAUCACCCUACAGUAUCUAGCACAAACUGUAUGACACAUGAAUCCAGUUCCAAAGAGAAUGGCCUUCCCUUGUUAGUUUUACCACCACCAGCCCCAUCUAUUGAUGUUGAUGAUGAUUUUCUGUUUACAGAACCCCUCCCACCACCCUUAGAAUUUUCAAACAGCUUUGACAAGCCCGACUCUCCUCCAGGAGUAUCUAGUGGAGUUAAUACACUCCCACCACCUCUGCCUCCAGCCCCUCCUGACUCCGGCAUUACCACUGCAUUAGACUCUACAACUUCUAGCCUCACUUCUUAUGAUAGCGAAGUAGCAAACCUAACCCAGGGGACACCAGAACCCAAAGAACCUCAUGUUAAUUUUUCAUCUGUUGUUUCAUCCAUUCAAAUACCAGCUUCGGACACCAUAGAAACUGUGACUGACUCUGGCAUUGAAGAGAUUGACAGUCGAAGUAGCAGUGACCACCAUCUCGAAACUAUUAGUAGUGUAUCUACAUUAUCAAGCAUGUCAGGUCUGUCAACAGAAGGAACUGAACUUUUGGACACCUACAUAACUUAUCUGGAUGGGCAAGCAUUUGGUGCUGAAAAAGCUGUCCUUCAAAACAAGAUCCGGACCCGGACAUUCCCAAGUAGAACCCCUGGGCUACUCAGGGAUCCCAUUACUGCCACAAGUACCACCAUAUCAAUUUCCCCCUGCACAGAAAAUGUCUUUACUCUUACUCCCUCACAGGGGCCAUCACUCAUUGCUCCUUCAGAAUCCACAAAGGACAGUCAACGUAAAUCUCCCACUCUUCCAUGGGAGGACUAUUCUCAGGAGAAGACAUCUCCUGUCUCAGCUGGUAAACCUACCAUGAUCACAGAACUAAGCUCAAAACUCCAGCAUAUGAGUGGUGUUUCAUGGUCCAGGUCUCCAGAAUCAGCCGUGGCUUUUACACCAGAGAGACCAACUUCUUUGCAAAGGCACAGGAUAGUUGAUGAUUCUUCGGCAUCUUUGAUUUCUUCUAAACCAGUAAGCAGUAUGUUUCACAACUGGCCCAAGUCUCCCCAGCCGCCUUCAAAGCAUCCCAAAAGUGUGGACUUUGAUAUUCGCCCUUCGCUGAGACGAGCACCCAGCCCUUCAGCUUUACCCACAGAACACAAAAUAAGCCCAACACCCCGCCCUUCGUCUCUCCCAAUCCUGCCUUCAGCCCCUGUUUACACAGGGGUCUUUGACCUGAGAGGCUCCCCAACAGCUGGAGGUGAGUCCUUUCCCAGCUUCCAAACAGGCAGUCGGUCUCUUUCCCCCACGCAUUUUAUUCUACCCCCUACAGAGAAGCCCUUUGCUUCCAAGCCUGUUCACUUCUGGACAAAAUAUGACGUAGCCGAUUGGUUGGACUAUUUAAACCUUGGUGAACACCGAGAACAUUUCCUAGACAAUGAAAUUGAUGGUAGCCACUUACCUUCUUUAACCAAGGAGGACUACAUUGACCUGGGGGUGACCAGGGUCGGUCAUAGAAUGAACAUUGAACGUGCUCUGAAAUUCUUCAUAGAGAGGUGAUCUGAAAAAAGAAUCUUUUGAUUCAUAGUUCUUACAUUUCUGCAUUCAUCUAUUUUCCCUAAACUAAAGCGGUUCAUGAAGGGAGGCAUAUCUGAAUGUAAUAUGAAGGUAAAACAAAAGCAAAAACUAACAAAAAUACAAAAAAAA